AUGAAACUCAAACUCAAGACAAAAAACACCGAAACUUUAAAAACUACCCUUUCACUUAUAAGUCAACUACGCAAGUAUGUUGUCCUAAGAUUCACACCAUCCCAACUAUGUGUGAUCCUGGUCAAUGGCCAAUCACCCAGUCUGGAGCCACAAGUAUGGUGUAAGUUUGAAACAUCGAGUCUAUUCGAUGAAAUGGAAAUCCAGAGUUUGAACGACAACUCAAUAUUACUAGAAAUUAAUGUCGAUUUACUCUUGCAGACGUUACGCAACUUUGAUAAGGCCAAUAGUGACGGGCUAUUUAUUCGUUUACAACGAAAGGAUGCCACCGGUGCACAGGGAACAAAUGUGAGCAAUGGCCGGACGGCGUCACUUGCGUUGUUUUACUCCAAUAUAAACUUCAACGCUAAUGUAAUCAACCACACGUUCAAGAUACCUGUAAAGAUAUUGAAGAAUACUCAGGAUAUGAGUCGACUUCAAGAGCCCGGACAUUCCAAUGUGGGUAUGAUUAUGCGACUACCCAAUGAGUUUGUGUCGAUGUUUAAACGGUUGGAAAAAUUUAGAAAAGCGUCGUUUAACGAGACGGUUACUAUUAGGGCCAGUAGGAAAGAUCGCGGGUUCUUGGGAUUUGUGCUUGAAGAAGAGGGUAAAUUUAAAGUUACAAUUAGUUGGAAUGGGAAGUUGGAAGUGAUGAGUGCGGCAGCUACAAAUACCGAUGGUGAUUCGUUGAGAGAAGCCAUCAAUGCACAUUCAUCACAAGUGGAUAGCACAGAUAUAGACGAGAUGGAAAUCACAGUAAAGUUGAAAGAUUGGCAACAGGCAUCCAAGAUAGUAGGAACCUGCCAUACUGUUAUUCUUUUGAUAUGUGAACGUGAUUGUGUAUUGCAUUGUUUCUUGGAUGAUUCAGAUGAUGCAGACAUUGUGUACUACAUCAAUGGUCUUAGAAUAAGGAACCCGUUGGACUGA